UUUAUACUUUUAAAAAAUAUCUUCCUCAGUAUUUAGCACUAUAACUUUACACAUAGUGGGAAUUUAACUCAUAUCUUUUAACUGCCAAAACAUUAUAGUUUUACUUGGCCCUUCCAAAAUCCUUUUUCCUCCUAAAUUGAAACCUGUAUUGAUCAGUCCUGGAGCUCAUGUAAGCUUGAUAUGGGAUAAUUAAGUCAACACCACAGGGAGAGUUACCCGUGUCAGAACCUUUUUGGAACGAGGAGGGAUAUAUAGAAAUAAUUAAAAUAAUGGGAGCCCAGGGAAUAAUUUAAUGCUUUUAAAAAGUAGCUUGAAAUCCUACCAACCUAUAAAGCUGUUAGAAUUUUUAAGAAGUGUUUAGAAGUUUUUUCUAUACUCUCUACUCUCAGAAUAAAAUGAGCUGUAAAGCUGUGAGUAUCAAAUCUAUCAACCCUUCAGACCUUGCUAUAGGCCUGCUCUGGAGCCACUGUGUUCUAGUCCUGCUUGCUUUCUGCUUCCUGCCCUGGUGAAGAGGACAUUGAAGUUGGAUGAAAAUCAAAGGAAGGGCUGCCUACUUAAAAAAAAAAAAAAAAAAUUAACCCCUUUAUUGGCGGUGUGAGUUGGCCUGGCAAAGACAGCCUAAGAUUUCAUCGGCAUCUGCUGUGUGUGUCCCUGGGGUCAUGAAGAGUGCCAGAGCUGUGCUGCCAGUAUAAGAGAUUCCCACCCCACAACCCUGGAAGCCACAAAGGACCAUAUGCUUUGCAUCUUGAGAUUCUGUAGCAGAGUUUCUCAACUUCAACACUGUUGACACAUGGGGCCAGGUAAUUCUUUGUUGCAGGGGGCUGUCCUGUGCAUUGUAGGAUAUUUAGCAGCAUCCCCGACCCUUACCCACUAGAUGCUACUGGUACUACCACGAUUACCCCCCAUCCUCAGUGGUGACAACCAAAAAUGUCUCCAGAAAUUGCCAAAUGUCCCCUAGGGUGCAAAGUCACCCCCAUUUGAGAACCAUUCUCCAUAGGAUCAAUACAGAAAACUCAGCAUCUUUCUAGUUUGAAGAAUACAGAACUUAGAUAGUUUGGGUCAAAUGAAGAUGAAGAUUGGGUUAUAAUAUACAUGAAAGGUAAAUUUGGGUUUGAAAUCACACAGACAAGGAAAAUUUAGAGUCUAUAAGCAGUUGUAGAUUAUAUCAUAAAUAAGGAGAUGUAAACAAAUUACAGACAUGCAGACCAUCUUCUUACUCCUAAAGGCCUCAGGUCUAGAUGCAACAGCACAUUCUGGGACUAUUAAAAUCAUCCUUGGGGCUGGGUGUGGUGGCUCACACCUAUAAUCUCGGCACUUUGGGAGGCCAAGGAGUGCGGAUCACCUGAGGUCAGGAGUUUGAGACCAGCCUGGCCAACAUGGAGAAACCCCAUCUCUACUAAAAAUACAAAAAAUUAACUGGGUGUGGUGGCACAUGCCUGUACUCGGGAGGCUGAGGCAGGAGAAUCACUUGAAUCCUGGAGGCAGAGAUUGCAAUGAGCCGAGAUUGCGCCAUUGCACUCAAGCCUGGGUGACAGAGCAAGGCUCCGUCUCAAAAAAAAAAAAAAGAAAAGGAAAAAAUCAUUCUUGGGUUUGUUUUUUUUUUUGGCAUUGUAUUUAAGAGCUUAAAGUAUGCAAUAACACAUCCUGUGACUGUUAAAAUAAUCCUUGGGGCAUGUUUUUGUGGGGGGCAUUGUAAUUUAAGUGCUCAAAGUACUUGUCGGCCUUUGACAAUAAGUAUAUCAAGCCAAAAAUAAUUAAUAUUUCUGGAGAAAUCUGAAAUAUUUGAUUUUGACUGGAGGGAAUUAUAUUUGACCUGCAAAGGGCCAGCUCUCCCCACCAGAGCCUGCUUCUGACCAUAAAGCCACUCUAAGACAGCACUUCCAGGUGCUGCAUAAAGUAGAACUGACAAGGUACUUUGUGCUUUUGUGAAAGGCCACAAUUGCUCAGUAAUCUUCAUGGCUCUUAGAAAAUUUAGCUGGAGACUUGUGAUUUAAAACCCACCUCCAACUGACAGUCAUCAUUAUUUUCUUUCUAAAUGCAGUAGCAGAAAUUGCAUGCCAUACCGAAAGGCUAAAAGUGACAGUUAAAAUACAUACUUUCUGAAAAACUUUAAGGCCCCAACUUUGGGAGAGACCUGAUUUGGCCAGAGAUUACCUUUGGCUUGUUAAUUGCCCUAGGGAUGGGAAAGUGUUUACCCAGAUGAUCUCCAAAAUGUUCCCUACGAAUAGUCUAGAAAUAAGCCUUGUGCAGUUUCUCAAAAGGAGGCAAGGUAGAAUUGCUAAUUCCAUAGACAACUGUAUCUUCAGUGUUCUAAGUCUAGAACACUGCUAACAGGUGGAAGGAACUCCAAAGAUCAUAUCCAGUACUGUGGACUGAGUUGUAUCCCCUCCAAAAAGUAUAUAUAUAUGUUGAAGCCCUAACCCCCAAUGUGACUUAUCAGGAGAUAGGGUCUUUAGGAGAUAAUAAAGGAUAAAUGAUGUCAUAAGGGUUGGUCCCUAAUCUGAUAGUACUGUACCCUUAUAAAAAGAGAAAGAAAGAUACUAUCUCUCUCUCCUGCUUCCAUGUGAGGACACAUUGAGAAGGUGGCUGUCUGCAAGCCAGGAAGAGAGCCCUUACCAGAACUUGACCAUGCUGGUAUCCUGAUCCAGGACUUCCAGCCUCCAGAACUGGCACUAUAUUUGUAUGUGUCUUGUAGAACCCACGCUUGGAAAUGCUGACAGCAGGCUUCAGGACAGCUGAGCCCCACUAAACACCAAGAAAACCCAUGGCUCUGGCUGCAUCUUUCAACAUGACCAAUCCACAGCCUGCCAUAGAAGGAGGAAUUUCCGAAGUUGAGAUCAUCUCCCAACAAGUAGACGAAGAAACCAAGAGCAUUGCUCCUGUGCAGCUGGUGAACUUUGCCUAUCGGGACUUGCCCCUGGCUGCUGUCGAUCUCUCCACGGCGGGCUCGCAGCUCCUGUCAAAUCUGGACGAAGAUUAUCAAAGAGAAGGGUCUAACUGGCUGAAGCCGUGCUGUGGGAAGAGAGCAGCCGUGUGGCAGGUAUUUUUGCUCAGUGCAAGUCUCAACAGUUUCCUGGUAGCCUGUGUAAUAUUGGUGGUGAUUCUCCUGACUCUGGAACUUCUAAUAGAUAUAAAGCUUCUCCAGUUUUCCAGCGCGUUCCAGUUUGCUGGCGUGAUUCACUGGAUCAGCCUGGUCAUUCUGUCCGUGUUCUUCUCAGAGACUGUUCUACGGAUUGUGGUGCUUGGGAUCUGGGAUUACAUCGAAAACAAAAUAGAGGUGUUUGACGGGGCUGUGAUCAUCCUAUCUUUGGCUCCGAUGGUGGCAUCCACUGUGGCCAACGGACCCAGGAGCCCCUGGGACGCCAUCAGCCUCAUCAUCAUGCUCCGGAUCUGGAGGGUGAAGAGGGUCAUUGAUGCCUACGUCCUGCCAGUGAAGCUGGAGAUGGAGAUGGUUAUCCAGCAGUACGAGAAGGCCAAGGUCAUCCAAGACGAGCAGCUGGAGAGGCUGACGCAGAUCUGUCAGGAGCAAGGGUUUGAGAUCCGGCAGCUGCGCGCGCACCUGGCGCAGCAGGACCUGGACCUGGCUGCGGAGCGUGAGGCGGCACUCCAGGCGCCGCACGUGCUCAGCCAGCCGCGCAGCCGCUUCAAAGUGGUGGAGGCCGGCACGUGGGACGAGGAGACGGCGGCCGAGAGCGUCGUGGAGGAGCUGCAGCCCUCGCAAGAAGCCACGGUGAAGGACGACAUGAACAGCUACAUCAGUCAGUAUUACAAUGGGCCCAGCAGUGACAGUGGUGUCCCAGAGCCAGCUGUGUGUAUGGUCACCACAGCCGCAAUAGACAUCCACCAGCCCAACAUCUCCUCGGACCUCUUCUCUCUGGACAUGCCCCUCAAGCUCGGCGGUAAUGGCACCGGCGCCACCUCGGAGAGUGCCUCCCGCAGCUCGGUGACCCGGGCUCAGAGUGACAACAGCCAGACGCUGGGCUCCUCCACGGACUGCAGCACUGCCCGCGAGGAGCCAUCCUCUGAGCCUGGCCCUUCUCCCCUGCCGCCCCAGCAGCAGGUGGAGGAGGCCACAGUCCAGGACCUGCUGUCCUCCCUGUCAGAGGACCCCUGCCCUUCCCAGAGGGCCUUGGACCCAGCCCCCCUCGCCCGGCCCAGCCCAGCGGGCUCGGCCCAAACCAGCCCUGAGCUGGAACACAGGGUAAGUCUGUUCAACCAGAAGAACCAGGAGGGCUUCACUGUCUUUCAGAUCAGGCCUGUCAUCCACUUCCAGCCCACUGUGCCCAUGCUAGAGGACAAGUUCAGAUCUUUGGAAUCCAAAGAGCAAAAGUUGCACAGGGUCCCUGAGGCCUAGAGCCUGCCAUGGGCUGGGUGGGAGGAGGGGAGACAGCCAUCUCAAAGCUCUCCUGGGACCCUGGAGGCUGCCAAGGGCCACAUGCGAGGCCCAGGAGCCCACCUGGCCUCCCUCAGGGUGCUGCCUGCCUCCAGGGAGGCGACGCCAGGCCAGGAGGCCACAAGCUUCAGACCUCAAAGCCCAGAGCUGGCGCCUCUUCUCGCCCUGCUCAGGGGAGGGUGGUGCUCGUGGCUGGGUUUUCUUUUUAACCAUUUUUACAAAAACCAGCCUGUGGCCCAGCUUCAGCAGGGUAGAGUGCGGGGGGGCCAGCUCAGCCUCUUCCGUUGCCUUCGUUCCUGACACCCACCCCGGACUCUAGGGAACAGCACUGUGAGCAGGGGCUGUCCAGCCCCACCCCUAAGCCGUCUUUCCCAGGAAUCCUGGGUGGAGUCCAACACAAUCACACGGAGACCACCAUCUGAGCCUAUGUCAUUUGUCCUCAUUCUCUCAUUCCAGCAUGAGCGUUUCUGAGUCUCUUCAAGACAAAUCUAGUUUUCACCUUCACAGGAUAUAAAGGGAUCAAUCUAGAGGUGGGUGGGAGGGUCCUGGGGGCAGAGGGACAACCAUUUUCCAACCUUGGCUUUAAUAAUAAAAACCAGCUGCACUGAGA